GAGCGGAGCUAAUGUUCCACCGUGUCCAUCACUAGCACCUUUCUUAGCCAUAUUUUCGCAAUUGUGGUUUCCCAGUAAAAAAAUCACCUAUUGUACCGAAUUUGCACGGAGCAGAAACUAUCGCUACGCGGCUAUGGUGAAAUAGUACGGGAAUGUUUAUCACCAUACAGUUCGCGGCUACAUACAGCAACGGAAAAGUGCAUCUUUCCAUGGGAAUAUAAGUGCUGAAAAGAAGUGCGCACCGUUUCAGGUGAUGUCGUGGUGCUACUUCCCCGUCUGACGUCGUACGUUUUUUUUUCUUACGCAGCCUGCUAAUCGUGGAGCGAAGACGGAAAGAAGAAAAAGUGGAACAGAAAAAUACUUGCACGGUACAGUUUCGCGCAGUACACGGGUCCCGGUCUGUCCGGGAAAAAUAUGUUCCAAACCAUCUGGUGGGGGGUGAGUGAAACGGACGACCAAGGGUGAAGUGCAAAGCAGUAUUGUUCCCACAGAAAUCGUGCGUGAAACUUGGGGGGAGAUGUGUGAUUAGAUGUUCGUUCCGGACACGGGUUACCAGUGCGCGAGAUCCGAAAAUCUAGCCAAAAAGAAGGUGCGUAGGAUCACGGGGUGCAAGCAAUAAACGGUGUGAGAAGAAAACACCCGGAUUGCGAAAGGAAGGUUUUCUGCACCUCCAAAAGUGCUGGCUGUCAAUUUUUGACUACACUCGUCAAGCAACACACAGAGUUCCUACUGCGUAUGAGGUUGAUUUUUUUUUUGGAUCCGCCUUGAUAUUGCACAUUGUCAGCAUGUUUUUUACAUACUAGAUCAAAUUUAACGCAAGCAACAGCCAACAAGUGCUGUGUGUUGUAGAAGAAACGGUGACAAAAAUCGAUCGAAGCGUCUAGUGGGCCGUGUGUGCAAUUUGCUCGUGAAUCGUUUCCUCUGUUUUAGUGUGAUGCCACUGGUUCCUUGAACCGCCCUCGAGUAUAAGUUACCGUUUUCCGGUGCACAAACCGGUGCCCUUCUUUCAAUUCCCGUGCCGCACUACAAGACCAAUCAGUGAAAACGAUGUUGCCCUUCACGCCACCGAUCGUGAAGCGGCUGCUCGGCUGGCGGAAGGUUCCGGCAGACGACGCUGCCGAAGGAAAAUGGGGCGAAAAGGCAGUCAAAAGUUUGGCAAAAAAGAUGAAGAAAACCGGCGCCCUAGAGGAACUAGAACGGGCCCUUACGAUACAGAGCUGUCACACAAAAUGUAUACCGAUACCAAGAAAUGGUUCAGCGAAUGGAGAAAAUGGAGUUGCGCUAAAAAAAGGUAUUCCUCACGUCAUAUAUUGUCGACUGUGGCGCUGGCCUGAUCUAAAGAGCCAGAUCGAGUUGAAAGCACUGGACGUAUGCGAGUACGCAUAUCAUCUAAAGAAAGACGAAGUGUGCAUUAAUCCAUAUCACUACACUCGUAUUGAAUCGCACUCGCAACACUCGCAGCAUCAGCAUCAACCGCAGCAACAUCAGCAACAGCAGCAGGCCCAGCAGCCGCUAACCAUACUGGUUCCGAAGAACCUAUCGAACCUUCAGGGAGAAAGCUCCGUUACCUACACCUUGGAUGAUCUUAGUAAUACCGUACCAGUCAACAUACAGUACAAUGCAUUAAAUGAUAACUAUGUAACCAGUCCUCAACCAUCGCAAGUAUCAGCCCGGCAGCUACACCAACAACUGCAGCAGCAACAGCAGCAGCAGCAACAACAGCAGCAGCAGCAACAGCAGCAACAGCAGCAACUUCAACAGCGACAGCAUCAUCUUUCGUCACCGUGCUACAUGGAGGCAACACUAGGCCAACAGAUACCGACCAAUACGACGAUUAUGGACUCGGUUAGCGUCAGUGUGGGCAACAUACCGAACACCGAAACGCCACCGCCCGGUUACAUGUCUGAAGACGGUGAUCCGCUCGAUCAGAAUGACAAUAUGACCGAAUUGUCCCGCAUGUCACCAUCGGAUAUGGACACCCAGCCCGUAAUGUAUCACGAGCCGGCCUUCUGGUGCUCGAUCAGCUACUACGAGCUAAACCUGCGCGUCGGCGAAACAUUUCAUGCCUCCCAACCUUCCAUCACCGUCGACGGGUUUACGGAUCCUUCCAAUUCGGAACGGUUUUGUCUUGGCCUGUUGUCGAACGUGAACAGGAACGAGGUAGUGGAGCAAACGCGCCGCCAUAUUGGCAAGGGCGUUCGGCUGUACUAUAUCGGCGGUGAAGUAUUUGCCGAAUGUUUAAGCGAUUCCAGCAUCUUCGUACAGAGCCCAAACUGUAAUCAACGGUACGGGUGGCAUCCGGCAACGGUGUGCAAAAUACCACCGGGGUGCAAUUUAAAAAUCUUUAACAAUCAGGAAUUUGCUACGCUACUGUCAGAUUCCGUAUCGGCGGGUUUUGAAGCCGUCUAUCAGCUGACACGGAUGUGUACAAUUCGUAUGUCGUUCGUCAAGGGAUGGGGCGCAGAAUAUCGUCGACAAACCGUUACCUCAACGCCGUGCUGGAUAGAGCUGCAUUUAAACGGUCCACUGCAAUGGCUUGACCGUGUCCUCACCCAGAUGGGCUCACCACGUUUGCCAUGUAGUUCUAUGUCCUAAACGAACCACCGCUUGUUGUGUCCUGUUUCCAGUGGUUCACGCAGCUGGUCAGUAGUGCACUGGGAACAUGCACACACACACACGCACAGUGCGUACGGAGUGGAUCGGCUAACUUUACUACCUCCACCGGACGAUUAUGUUUUGCUCCUGCACCUUUCCCUGCAGUACCUUCGACGCACCGAUCUUCUACGCCCAGUGAGGUGUAACAAAUUUUCCAAGAUGUUUUUGUUUUAAAUUUCCAUCGGUCGUUUUUAAAGCUCUUCGUAAAAAGAAUCGUGUAUAUAUUUGCUUUGAUUGAUUGUGUGUAUUGUGCGGCGGCAAAAAAAUCUUUUUUACUUUUCUUUAUUUUAUUAACUGCGGUCAUAGAAAGAAGCUUCUCGUACGAAGAACAUCUCGCCAGAGAAGUUUGAUACAAAGGAGAAGUACGUUUUGCUUUGUUCAUAUUGAGUGUUUGAAUGAACCCUUCGGUACUGAAGGUGUAGUAGAGCUUAAUAUCCCUCGACGGUAUGAUGAAGAAGCGGCGAAAGCUAAUCGUUUUAAGCCAAUAAUUUGUUCCUUAUCUUGAGAAAAGCAUCCAGUUGCAAUGACGAAUCACAGCGUGAAGGAAGGUAUCGCAUUAACCAAAACGUUACGAUACACUAAGAUGAGCAAGAUUUUAAAGUUUAAGUUUUUUUUUCCCCUUACAUUGGUUUGUUUCAUUACGUAUUUGCUUUUCGGACCCUAAUUCCUACAGGGCGCAUUACAUUACUUACUAAUGCCUGCAUGUCCUUUGACUUUGAGUCGCGAUAGUGUUAAUAACAUUUGAGAGAGAUGUAGUGUCAGGGUAUCAGGAAACAACAACAUAAUACGCCUAUUUGUUAUGCAAAGGAAUGGAAGGUACUGUUAACUGUGUGAUCCUGUGUCAUAGAUGAAAAUGCAAGAGAUAGAGAGAAAAACAGAGAGAGAGAUAGAGAGAGAGAGAGACAGAGAGAGAGAAAAAAAAAGAAAUGAUCGUGGCAUCUUUGUAUACGUGUGUUUGUGUGAAUGGAAAUGUGCAGGAAGCGCGGGUUGUUUUGUAACAAAAACUUCCUAUAAAUUUUUUUUUCUCGAUUAUUCUCCCUUGCGCAAGAUUCACUCGGGAAUGGUUCGUAAUGUGAACGUAUGUAGAGUAUAUAACAAAGAGCAAAAAAGCAAUGUACAACAGAGUGCAGAUUUAUUUUUGACACUACAAAUGUGAUGAUUCAGGAGAGACACACGCAACGAGACAUACAUUUCGGGAGAAGCAAAACAAUUAAAAAAAAAUUAUUCUACAGGAUCUCUGGAAGAGAAUAAAAAAACGAAAGACUAAAACAUUGCUACAAAUCGACACGGGCAUGUGGAUAAUACGUUGAAAGCAUAGUAAAUGUACAGGAACAGACAUAGUUCAGCAUAAACAUUGGGUUUGACUCGACCAGUAACCGAAGUCACUGGCAAUGGUUGGUUCGUAAAAUGAUUUCUUUCGUUAGUUUAUGUUUUGUUCUUAGAUCAGUGCAUAACUCAGAUAAGUUUAGUUGUUUACUUACGUUAAUGGUUGGAAAAAGGAAGGCAGAACCACAAGAACGAAAGAGUAACGCGAUUCAGGCAGUUCGCUGAAUGGCCAUGAAGUCAUGCAAUUGCAAGUGGAACAAUACGGUAGUGAGUGAUAAUUACGCAGUAGAUGCGCCUGGGGGGAUGAUUAGUUCUAAAGAAAAUUAUGUUGUGUGAGAUACAUAGACUUGAGUGCACCUUACGUAAACGAUUAAUCAAUGAUGAAUUCAUACCCGAACUGGUUUGUCGUCGUUGGAGAUUGAGAAUUAAACACCUUACUCUCUUCACCUUAUGUAGCAGAUAAAUCUGGGUUUGUUUUUUUUUCUCUCCCCUUGUUCUCCUCAUCUCACAGAGUGUUACAGAGUGUUACAGUGAUGUAUGUGUGACGAACCCGAAUGCUGUAACUCUAACAGCUGGAUUGUGAAACCAACCAAACUAUUAUUAGUAGCGAUUGUUAGGUUGCGCUUAUGGAAAACAAUAAAAUCUGAACAAAUAUGUGAAACAUAAA